GGGUCAUCUGCAUCAACCAUCCAACCAAAGAAGGUUGACCGUAAGAAAUAUUGUUUGCAGAAAGUGUUUUGUUCGAAGCCUUAGUUGCUGAUAUAGUUUUAAGCUGCCGAAAAGGGAAAUAUAUUUUUGAACUGAUGCUGUUUCUGUAGAAAUCUCAUAGAAGCUAUUUGAUAGCUGUCAAGAUGUCUAAAGCAAAGAGGAACAUCAAAGGUCUAACGAUUGCCCCCACUGUCGGGGAGCCAGAAGGAGGCGAGACUAGCGUUUCAACUGACAAAAAAUCUGCGACAGCAAAUUCUGCAGAAUGUAUUGCGAAGAAACUAGACAAACUCGACUUAGAUGAGGAACAACGACAACGACUACAGUCGUUUUUAACAAUGAAAGCACAAGUGCUUGAUACCGGUGAUCUAGGGCAGGAUGAUUUUGAGAAGUUGGAUGAGCUGGGUGCUGGUAAUGGUGGCGUGGUUACAAAAGUGCGACAUAAACGUAGUGGACUUAUCAUGGCAAGAAAGCUGAUUCACCUGGAGAUAAAGCCCGCUAUCAGAUUACAAAUUUUCCGUGAAUUGACAAUAUUACAUGAAUGUAAUUCACCUUACGUAGUUGGAUUCUAUGGAGCUUUCUACAGUGAUGGCGAGAUCAGUAUCUGUAUGGAACAUAUGGAUGGUGGUUCUUUAGAUCUUGUAUUAAAAAGAGCAGAUAAAAUACCAGAAAGGAUUCUGGGAAAAGUCACAAUAGCUGUUUUGAGGGGUUUGUCAUAUUUAAGAGUAAAUCACAACAUAAUGCACAGAGAUGUAAAACCAUCAAACAUUCUGGUGAACUCAAGAGGUGAAAUCAAGAUGUGUGAUUUUGGCGUAAGUGGUCAGCUGAUCGAUUCGAUGGCAAACUCCUUCGUUGGUACGCGGUCCUACAUGUCGCCUGAGCGCUUACAGGGAACUCACUACACUGUUCAAUCUGACAUCUGGAGCAUGGGUUUGUCUUUAGUUGAAAUGGCAAUAGGCCGGUAUCCUGUCCCACCACCAGAUGAUAAAGAAAUUGCACAGAUCUUCAAGCUAAAGUAUGAGGAGCCAAAGAAAUCGCUUCCACCAGUGACAACUAGACCGCCAGGAAGGCCGAUGGCGAAUAAGGGAGGAGAUGCUCGACCAAUGGCCAUUUUUGAGCUUCUUGAAUACAUAGUCAAUGAUGCACCACCCAAAUUACCAAGAGCUGUAUUUUCAGAAGAAUUUGUCAAUUUCGUAGACAAAUGCUUAAUCAAGAAUCCACAAGAGAGGGCGAAUCUGAAGUACCUAUUAAUCCACCCAUUCACCAAGAAGUCUGAGGCAGAAGAAGUUGAUCUAGCAGGUUGGCUUUGUACAACAAUGGACCUAAAGAAAAACUCACCCUCAGCCCAGUCUGUGUAAACUCCAGAGGGCACUGUUUAAGACAAUCAAAUCCAGUUAUAUCAGAAAAAAAAAUAGAGAUGAUAUAAUGUAUAGGUAUACAUACUUAUGAUGUAUGUGGUUAUAUGAGGUUUGAACACAUGCAUCAUGUGUGAUUCAUGUGUGUGUGUGUGUCUCGAGUCCCUCCCUCUUGUUCUGUAGUCAAAUGCUUACUAGAUACAUCGUAUGUAAUGGUUGCUGGAUAGAGGGAACUCUUUGAAUAUGACUGACAAGAUACUCUUUUAUAAGUAUGAUUGAAAGGAAAGUGUUAGCAUAAUUGUAUCAAAUAUGGUAAUAAAUGAAAGUAGUUAGAUGAUAACAAAGUGAUAGAAUUGAUAACAUGGUUGUGAUCAAUGAUUAACAGUACCUAUCCUCAUACCCCCCCCUCCCUUCCCCCCCCCCCCAUAUUAUGUUUCUAUUCAGUGAUAUAAGAGCUUAGUAUAUAUUAUUUACAGUUUUUAUGUUGAUGAUGGAUGUAAUGUAAACAUUGCAUCAUUUUGCAAUAUUAUGGCAAAAUACAGCUUAAGAUGUUGAGGACAUUUAAAUCUUCACAGAUGCAUUAAAUGAAUUAGAAAAUAAUUUGUUCACAAAUACAUUAAAAACCGAAAUAUAUUUCCUUAUCAAAAUUGUAUUUAUAAUUUAUAAUAUUUAGUUAAUUUAUUAUUAUGUUUAUCAUUCUGUUUCAAAAUGUUAUUACUUUUUAUAAUUACAAUGAUACUGUAAUAAUAUAAUUGUGUGCAUUGUUUUUAUCAUUUCUAUUGUAAUUCAUAAUAUAUAGAUUAAUGGUUUUAACUUACGAUAUUAGGCCUAUAUCAUAGGCUUUGUUUUCGUAGUGCUGAAUUGUACUAUAGAAAUAGUCUUGUUAUUCUCCACGGAAACAUGGCAGUUGUCACAUUUUGAAGCACAAAAUGAUGGGUUGCACCAAUGAUUUUAUAAGUAAUAAUCCAUGUGUAAUACAAACCUAGAGAGGGCUCUCUAAUAAUUUGAUCAGUGAGACACUAAUUAUAUGUCUUCCUACCAUGUGAGUGUGCUUAGACAUUUUUCCUGCUAUCAUGCAGCACCCUUUUAAGUUUCAUUAGAGUAAUUCACAAAAUUCUUUAAAAGUAAAUGUUAUGCUGGGAGCAGGAGGUGCCUAUGGAUGCAAAUUAACUCCAAUAAUUGGAUUAACAUGCUGAAAAUGACCAUUGGAAUCGAGA